AUGGGCGUCCAUGGUCUCACAACGUACCUCCGUGAAUCUAAGCGCAAUCUUUCCACAACGAGGUCGCUUCCGGCGAACGAUACGCUUCAAUUUGUCAUCGACGGUUGGUCAUUCAUUUACGAAUUACAACUAAAAUCUGGCCUUCCUUGGGUAUACGGGGGAGAAUAUGUCGAUUUUGUUCUCCUUGUCACCACUGUUGUUCAAGCUUGGAUCGAUGUUGGCAUUCGAGUUUCGUUCGUAUUUGAUGGUCCAGUACCAGAACUCAAGUUCGCAACGCAGAUUUCUCGGGCCAUGAAGUCCCAAAUCGAACCUUCUCUCCUAUUCUUCAGGACAUCGGCGGUUUCCCGUGCCACUCCUCGCUUUCUUAACGAGUGUCGAAUCAUUCCACCAUUGUCCUAUAGCGCUACUAUUCGUGCUCUGCAAGAUUUACGAAAGAUUACGGACGCUGUCGACCUUCACUUCGCCGAUGAAGAAGGCGAUCCAUAUGCAGUAGAGUUAGCAGGAAAGUUGGGAGGAUAUGUCGUUGGGAAUGACUCGGACUUUGUCGUUCUGAACUCGGAGGGGUAUUUGGGUUACAUUCCGAUGGACGAAAUGGUCUGGACUAGCCUCGCGAAGGAUACACAAACACCUAUCGACGACCUCGACAACGACGGUGAUUUUCAGCAAGUGCCUGUGUCGAAGCGGAAGAAGAGACAAAUGCAGAUGAAGGAUCCCAAACUGGGUAGAGGAAUUAUACCCCCCGAUAACACAGCCAGUUCAGACUUGUCGUUCACAUUCACUAUUUACAGUCCGGCCUCUCUAGCGUCUCACCUUGAGCUACCGAUCACACUGCUUCCCCUUCUGGGCGCUUUGGUUGGCAAUGACUUUUCUAAUAACCAGUCCAAGAAACGGAUUCAGGAGCUCUUCUUUGGGAGGCAAAUGACCCUUACUCAGCGUAUCGUCCACGCUGCAGAGACCCUGUGCACGACACUCUCCGGUGGCUCCCAAGCGAGGCGCCGACCAAAAACAAAACAACAAGUUUCAAGUGUUAUGGACCUGAUUCAGAAAACCGUCCAGGCGCUAUUGAGUCGCUCUCCCUCCAUUUUAAGCUCAGGGGAAAUAGAUGCCAUAGUGGAUGGCAUUGUCAUCUCUACUCUUCAGUAUGCCAUAUCUACGCGUGACGGGCAGGAUGGAUCGUUCUGGCCAUCUACGCUAUGCGCUCUACACGAGCCUGAUGUCUGUCCAAUGUUGCCCAUCUUCUCACGACACCUUGCGGCGGUAGAUUGGCAAGAGGAAGACAUGGAGGGGAAGGAGUUUCUGAACAGGAUCCAGACUCGAAAGCUUCUUUUGGAAGCAUAUAGGAGCGGUCAGAUCUCGCCAAAUGUGAUCAAUUGCUUGAAUACGGGCACACUAUGGCCCCGGCUUUUCCUCGAAAGUCCUGAUGUCGAAAGUGUCAGUCACCUUACCCGACCUAUUCGCCAGUGGUGUUGCUCCAUCAUCGACGAUGCUGUAGGAUUACCAGAUAUUUCUGAGGAGGCAACAGCCCAAGACGUCCACGGUGAGGAAGAUGAAUCGGAUGAAGAUAAAUCGGAUGAAGAUGAGCUCGUCGAUGUUGUCGAAGAAGAUUCUGAAGUCGAUGAGCAAAACGAAGAUCUCCUCGCCCCACUUCGUGGAGCUCUACAGCAGUUACAUGUCAAACCGGAUAACAACCAAGCACAUAGAGAUUCUGAGGUUCCUUCCCAACUGUCGCCAGCACCCACCCUACGGACAGGUCGUAUCACUGAAUAUGUCCGUCGUGGAAUCAGAUUGGCAGAUGAGACUGUGGAUGUACCAUUACUCGCAGACCUUCUCGAAGGCUGUGAAGCCGUCGACAACACUGCUUCGACACCUCUCUUACUUCAGUCCCUUAACCAGCGCCUAGCUGUGUUGCUUCAUGCGCUUAAAUGUCCCCCAUCACUUGCGGCGCUUCCAUCCGAUCUACUGGCUCCCGUCCUUGCAUUGCGUUGGGUUGUGCAUUCACUGCAUGAAAAAGCUCAAAAGAGCGGGAGCAAAGAGGCACAGAAUGCUUGUUGGACUCGGAGAGAGGCUCGGUGCUUUCUUGCACUAUUCUCCUCGAGGAAUUUGACAAAGUUGCGACCUCUGGUCGCCACUUCAUUCCCUGAAGUAGCUAACCGACACGUGCAAUUCACAGCCCAAGUUUUACAGACGCUAGAAGCUGUUGAGCAGCUUUCGCAAGUCCUUCUGCUCACAGAAAGGGUAUCCACAGUUGCACAUCAAUUUUCUGGUCGUCGAUUCCAUGAGUAUCUAACGUGCACUGUUCCGUCGGAAAAUGAAGCUGUGUCUGAGGAGCAUUGGGCUCUAGCUAUCGAGGGCCUGGAGCAGUGUCUAGGGGAAGACCACCAGAAGAGGAAGAAAAAGAAGGCCAGUGCCAAUCAAACAGCAGCGGCAGCAGCUCCCCCACAAAAAUCCAGUGUGAAGACGAAGGCACCUAGCGGAAGUCUGUACGAUCUAUUGAGAGAUAUGGAUACCUAG